AUGAUGGAGGACUACAUAUCAGUGAGUGAUGACUCAUCACAUGUUUCACUACUAAAAGAUUGUGGUCACGGAGCCGAGAAGAUGACUACAAAAACUGCAGCAAGUACGAUGGCGUUACACCAAUCGACGUCCUCAUUUCCAUAUUCAGCGACAUCCCUAACAAACACCACUACAACAGAAAUCCCGACAACUACACUACCACCUAGCACAACGAAAUCGACGUCGGCAACCCAAACAAGCACCAUUACAGCAGAGACGCUUACAACUGCAUCGGUCGCUUCGACAAGCACACUACCAUCUAGCACAACGAACAUCGACGUCGGCAACCCAAACAAGCACCACUACAACAGAAACUUCGACAACUACACCGCUCGCAUCGACAAGCACACUACCACCUAG